CAACUACUUAUUAAUUGUGAUUCUAGUUCCAUCUAGUGGAAUUUGCUGUGUUUCUACUGCUAGCAUUGCAUCUUUUUUAUUAUGUAUAAGUUACUGUGUAAUUGUGUGUAAUGUUGCAAGGAAUUAUUAUAAUUAUAUAAAAUUUUUGUUUACAAGACGCGAAGUCGUAUUCAUGUUCAUGUCCCUUUCGAACAUUGCAAGGUAUAAUGACAUAUACUGUAUAUUAAAUGAAACAAAAGAAUAUUACAAAUUGAUUUAUGGUGUUUUAUAAAGUUUGUUUAUUCAUCGCCUAAAAUAGUAGCCAGUCUACAAUAAACAUUGUGAUAUGGUUCAGCAGUAUCAGUCACCUGUAAGGGUGUAUAAACAUCCUUUUCCACUUGUGAUGAUGGCAUAUGAACGUAGAUUUCCAACAUGCUCACAAAUUCCUGUUUUAGUUGGUUGUGAGAUAGUUUCGGAUGAGGAGUGUGAAGAAGGUAAUCUUAGAAUAACAGAACGACGAUGUAAAUUAAAUGUUGAAGCUCCAUAUAUUUUGAAAAAGAUAAUUGGGGUUGAUUUUGUGUACUUUAUUCAAAGGAAUAUUUUAGAUAGACGGAGUAGUAUUUUAGAAAUUGAAGCAUAUAAUGAAAGUUUUUCAUCCAGAGUAACAGUAAUUGAAAAGUGCAGAUAUUUUGUUCAUCCUCAGAAUCCAGAAUGGACUUGCUUUGAACAAACGGCAAGCUUAGAUAUCAGAAAUUUUUUUGGAUUUGAAAAUUCAAUGGAGAAAUUGGCAAUGAAACAAUAUGCUCAAAACAUAGCAAAGGGUAAAGAAAUAAUUGAAUAUUUCAUAAACAAACUAAGAGAAGAAGGUAUAGUUUACGUGUCCCCAUGGAAAGAUCCAAAUGAGACAUCGUUUGAGAAGGACACCGGAAAUCAUGGUGUAGAAAAUCAGAAAAAUCUGAAUCUGAAAGAGCCUUAUACAUAUACGGAUUUGCAAAGUAAAGAAAUGCAGUUGUCUUCUGAUUACAUAGAAAGAUACUUAGGAAAGCUUAACAUGAUACAAGAAAGUAAACUUAUUCAAUUGCGUCAGAGUAUGAAAGAAUUGAGGGGAAGCUCAGUACCCAGUGAUGCAACUCUUUUAAGAUUUCUAAGAUCCACCGAAUUUUCAGUCGACAAAGCAAAAGAAAUGCUAACGCAAGCAUUGCACUGGCGAAAAAAGCAUCAAAUUGAUAGAUUACUCGAGGAGUAUCAAGUUCCACAUGUAAUAAAGGAUUAUUUUCCUGGCGGCUGGCAUCAUUUCGAUAAAGAUGGUCGACCUUUAUAUAUUUUGAAAAUGGGUCAAAUGGAUGUGAAAGGAUUAUUAAAAUCCAUCGGAGAAGAUGAUUUAUUAUUAUUGGCAUUGCACAUUUGCGAGGAAGGCCUUCAUCUAAUGGAAGAAGCUACUACUGUUUCUGGUCAUCCGGUAUCCCAGUGGACUUUAUUAAUAGAUUUGGAAGGCUUAAAUAUGCGCCACUUAUGGAGGCCUGGUAUAAAGGCCUUAUUACGGAUCAUUGAAAUUGUUGAGAUAAAUUACCCAGAAACAAUGGGUAGAGUUCUCGUUACACGAGCACCUAGAUGUUUCCCCAUUUUAUGGACCCUUAUCAGCACAUUCAUAAAUGAAAAUACAAGGAAGAAAUUCAUGUUUUAUUGUGGUACCAGUUAUCAGGAAGAAGGUGCAGGCGGUAUCGACGAAUAUAUCGACCCUGAAUUUAUUCCGGAUUUUCUUGGAGGCUCGUCCGAGGACAGUAUGUGCGAGAUUUAUGGUAUGGUACCUCGAAGAUUUUAUAUUUUCGACGCAACUGCUAAUAACGCUUGCACUGCCGAGGGAGGAAUCGUACCGAAACAGCUGUACAAUUCGGAGUUGGAAGUUGCAUCCGCCGAAGAAGGGCAUAGCUUGUAUCAUACUAUUACUUUAACUCGUGGACAGAUUCAUCGAGUAGUAAUACAUUCUAACGACCCAGGAGCAGUUUUGACAUGGGAUUUUGAUGUGAUUCGUCAUAAUCUUACGUUUACUGUUCUAUAUCAAGCUAAUCCGGAUGAUAAAACUUCGCCUUCAGAUAAGGAGGCGGAAUUGGUGGAAACGGAGGAAAUAAAAGGACCUUUCGUUAAAGUUGAACCCAGUGUUACUUGUCACGAUGGUGAAAGUAUUCAGGGUUCUCAUAUAAUGCAAGAAGCAGGUACAUAUGUAUUGCAAUGGCAUAAUCAAGAUGAUCAAACAGAAUUUCUUCCAUCCAUUAGUAGUCACAAAGCACAAUUAAUGUACUUUUAUGAAACGCUACCUUCGAUUCACUAUAGGGGAUCUAUGAUGAGCUUGCAAUCUGGCAUAAGUGCAAAGUCAGAGGCAGUUUCAUUCUUAUCCAGAUGACAUGUAACAGAUACAUCAUAGAGCGUUAAUUGAUGGUUGAAAUUACUAAGAAUAAAAAAUAGUGCAAUGUUA